CAUUCCUUCUCCUCCUCCGUCAACUGUCUCUCCGUGUAAAACUCGCGUUUCGGCAGACAGACAGAGAGAGAGAGAGAGAGGCGAGGCGCAACACCAAAAAAGGCGAAAAAGAAAGCACCUUGACAUCCCUGACCGAGCCGCCCUCGAGAAUCUCCGCUCUCUCCCAAUCCCCAUUCAUCACCACCACCAUCACCAUCCCCCCGGCCCUCGCCAUUCUCGCUUCCUCCUCCUCCUCGGACAAUUCCGCCAUCCUCUCGCCCGCUCGCCUCGGCUCGGGUCGGUCGGUCGGUCGGUCCUUCCAGCCGCCAGAUCCUAAUCGCGAGAUCGCGCUCCCGUUCGAGCCCCGGAUCUUUAGAUAGGUUUCGGGUCACUUCUCUCUCUUUUUUUAAAAAAAAGUUCGGGUCGUUUUUGGUUCUGUUUUGGUUGGGCUUCUCGGGGGAGGAGUGGUGGGAGGUUUCCGAUGAGCGCUUGAAAUUUCGGUGACCUCGGAAACAUGGUCGUGAAAGGAAUAUGGGACUUGUAGUCGCUAGUCACUCGACCGCGACGACGACAGCAACCAACGCAGGAAGGAGGCGAAGGAGGGGAAGACGAUGACGCUCUACAUUGGUCGCGAGGCUUCGAAGCUAUGGAAGAGAAUUUGCGCGGAGAUAACCACGGAGAUCAACCUCCUCGCGGAGAACUGGAGAUACAUUCUCGCCGGUCUCAUCUGUCAGUACAUACAUGGUCUGGCAGCUCGAGGAGUACAUUACUUACAUAGGCCUGGCCCCACACUUCAGGAUGUUGGAUUCUUUCUACUUCCGGAGCUUGGCCGAGACAAAGCUUACAUCAGCGAGACUGUAUUCACUUUCGUCUUCGCAUCUUUCGUACUGUGGACUUUCCAUCCUUUUAUUCUGAAGACCAAAAAAAUCUACACUGUUCUUGUCUGGUGCAGGGUCUUAGCUUUUCUUGUUGCUUCUCAGAUUCUUCGGAUCAUCACAUUUUAUUCUACACAGCUUCCAGGUCCCAACUAUCACUGCCGUGAGGGAUCCAAACUUGCCAGAUUACCUCAUCCUCAUAGUGCAGCAGAAGUUCUUCUAAUCAACUUUCCUCGGGGGGUAUUAUAUGGUUGUGGUGAUCUGAUAUUCUCAUCUCACAUGAUAUUUACCUUGGUCUUCGUGCUCACGUAUCAGAAAUAUGGCACAAAGAGGUUUAUAAAGCAGUUUGCUUGGUUGAUUGCUGUAGUACAGAGCUUCUUGAUUGUUGCAUCGCGGAAACAUUACACAGUCGAUGUCGUCGUUGCAUGGUAUACCGUUAAUUUGGUGGUAUUCUUCAUUGACAAGAAAUUGCCAGAACUUCCUGACCGGACCAGUGGCUCAUCACUGUUCCUACCGGUGAGCACCAAAGAGAAAGAUGCUAGAAGCAAAGAAGAGAAUCACAAGCUCUUGAAUGGGAAUGGUGGAGACCCUGCUGAUUGGAGACCAAGGACACAAGUCAAUGGCAAGAUUAUGGAAGAUGGCAAUGCUGUCCUUGCUGAUAAUGCAAUGAACGGUGCGUAGAAUAUGGAAAGCUGCCACUGGAGCCAACUUGAAGACCUCCAGCGCCUGGAGGUGACGAAAAUUCUUAAGAGAUGGAGUUGAUAUUGCAGCAUGGUCGGCUCUUAUUUUGAAGAUGGGUGAACAUGAUUUUUAUUGUAGUGAAGAUGAAAUUUAGCUUAAGCUUCUAUGUUUUGGCCAUCGUGCUCUACCAUGCAUGGCUUAAGACCAUGGCAUGCACAUUGGAAAUUUCAGCAAUCUUGUGUCCACUUCUCGAUCCAAUGAAAGUAUCUUGGUUUUUUUCUCUUC